CAUUCAGCAGACAGACCAGGCACAGUGAUAGUUGUCUGCAGCGAGCCAUGCAGCGUGUUUUCAAAGCCUAGCCGAGGCAUAUGAUACUUGCAUCUGCAAACGGAGUACCUUAGCUUGUACGUACAGAAUAGGUACGAACUCGUAUCGUACAAUUGGGUGAAAUCUUUUUCUGAAUGUUCUCUGAUAAGUACGUACAACAGUCCAGUUUUUCUUUCUUAAUAAAAGGACGAGCAAAUUAGCGGAGCGAUUUGAACCAGGUGACUAAUCUUCCUCCCGUGGUCUGGUCUGCAUCGAUCCCUGUAUAGAUAUACAGCAGGCAUGCAUAACGGCACCGUCAGCCUGUCCAGUAACCCCCCGACCAUGGUGCUGCCGCCCAGUCUGCUGGGGCAGCAACCCCCGCAGGACACCAGCAGCGCCGGGGGCACAGGCAGCAGUAGUCAGAGUGACAGUGCCGUGGCGGAUGUCCACUGUGUGGUGUGCCAGCAGUCCCUGUUCGUCAAGGAUAUGACGCCGCCGCGCCAACAGAAACCCUGGAAGUGCAAUGGCUGUCAGCAGUGGUUCACGGUGAAGUCCAGUGCCAAACGCCAUGUGGUCAAUGUCCACAAGGACCGGGUGUGCCGGGAUUGUGGGGAGCGGGGGAUGGGCGGGGAGGGCGUGGCCAGUGGGGGCAAGGGGGCCGGGACGACCGGGGGGAUGAAUGAUAUGAUGCACAUGCAUCAACAAGUUGUGCCAGAACCCAGUCAGCCGACCUUCAUGUCCAAUCGUUCGGCGUCUAUGAUCGCCGACCCCACCGAACACCAGCAGAAAGUGUACAUCCAGGCCAGCCAGCCGACGCACAUCCAGAUCCAACCGACCGCUCAACACCCGGCCGGGACCACCCUGACCAUCCACGACACGCACGACCUGCAGGCCGAUCUGGCCCUGCUCUCCCUGAUGCUGGCCAACAAUCUCGACCUGAAGACUAUGGAUGCCAUCAUCAUGUUGCUCAACAGCGGGCGGGAUUUCUCCAAAAUCAAAAACGCCGCCCACUGGCUGGAGCGGUUGGGACGCGGGGCGGCGGUCAAUGUGGCCACGCAUUGUAAUGUGUGUAAACGGCCGGCCACACAAGCCUGCCUCAACUCCGGGCAUCAGACGCACAGUGCGCCUGUUCUGGCCGCACAUCCGGUUGUAAAAACAGUGCCGCAGAUGCAGAAUUCCGUGGCAUCGGUGGCGUCUGUGCCUUCUCUGAGUCCGUUCCCAGGAGGAACGGUGAUCGGGAUCUUCGAUGCCAGUGGACAGCUUCUGCCCACUAAUUCAAUUCCUAUGGCGGCGACUUCAGUGGUGACCGGUUCGCAAGCCCCCCAGCCAGUCGCCCAAGCACAGGCCACGCCGAAGAAAGCCAAAUCCCGAAAGAAGCGCCCUGCUGCAGCCAACGCCCCGAAUGGUCCGCCACGGGAAAUACCAGCGACCCCGACAACGCCCCACACCGGAAACAAGGUGGGAUCUCUGGCGACGUCCUGGAAGGCCAUUGCGCGGAACAAUCUCUACAGUCUUCACACUCCUCAAGAGCUUCUUGGACUGUGUGUGGUGGGACGUCGGGUGGAUAAGACCGUGGAUACUGGACUGCAGCCGAUGGACACGGAAAAGCGCCGCGUCAUUGCAGAAGCGGUAGCCAAUCACUGCAACAACGUGGGCAUCCCCAUUCCCAGUGAGACGCAGAUCAACCAUUUCAUGUCGCAGAUCCUGUGCGAUCUCCGCCGCAAAGAGUCAUUACAGGCCACCGGUCAGACGCCCACCCGCAAGAAGAUAAAGAAGGAGGAAGCCGCCGCCGCCGCGGCGACGACCCCCUCAUCCACGCCGACAACGAGCAGCACCACACCCGCGGGCAUCACCAUGGUGGAGCCGCAGCCCCCGCCGUCGCUCUCCAUCAAGCACGAAAGCAUGAGCCUGCUGCCGUGAAAUGCUGCUUGCGGACGAAGAGCAUGAUGUGUGCAGUUGGAAUUACGCCCCAAUGUUUGUUGAGAGAAGUUGUAUUUGUUGGUACAUAUGCUAUUCUGGACAGUUUAAUUAUUUAAACGCGCGCUUUUUUUUAUUAACGCCGGUGUAUAAUUAAUCCCCGCUUGGUCUGCCCAUACGCCAUGUGCCCGUUUGUAUAAGUGGUUCUUCUUGCACUGUAUAGAUCCGGCAUUGCGGUGUGUGUUCCAUACUGUUUUUAAGGAUGCAGUACAGUUUUGUCUCUUUUGUGAUUAUUAACCUUCGGUGGAAUGAGUGAAGUUUUUGUUUUUGUGGAAUGAUGUUUUCCAGUUUUUCCCCCUUUAAUUAUUUUCUGCGGAAUGAUUGCUUUUUUGCGCUUUUUGUUGGAUUGGAUUUCUGUUGGCUGGAAUCAGCUACAAUUAUUGGCAUUUGUUGCGCGCCUUUAUUCGACUUUGAACAAUUUUGAAUGAAAAUUUAAAGAAA